AUGCCACCCUCGUCGUACUACAUCUGCCAGCAAUGCCCAUUAUUGGAACGUCGAAAUCACCGAGUCGCAAGGGCCCAGCGCGUAGUUCACCAAGCGGAAUUGGAAGCUCAUCAUGCGCAAUACAAUCUGACUGAGUCUGUGCUUGCAGCCGCGAAUGCCUCAGAUGUCGAGCUCGCAGAUCUCCCUCCCGUCUCCCAGUUUCUGGAACAAGCACAUUUGCCCGAGCCUGUCUUUGACGACGCAACUAUCAACGCACAGCAGACUUCAGACCCUACCGACGUAGAAAUGGAGAGACUGGCCAACCUUUUCACCGGUCUUGUUGUCUUGGAUGAUGGUGCACCGUCCGUCUGCCAGUCGCACUCCAAACUUUUCAGUUCUUGGGAUGAUUACCAAGCCAGUCUACCAGAAAUACCCACAGAGUUCACAGCAGUGUCUCCUUCGGAGGCUCUGUCGGGCGUGGAGCAUGUUCUACGGACUCAAUCACUACCUCUACGGCCUACCGAAAUGCAGACUCGAGAGAUCAACUCGAAUCUUCUGCAGAAUAUGCUGCGACGUGUCCAAGCUGCACGUAUUGAGCUUGAUUUUCAACAUGCUCUUAACGCCAGUCCAGAUAGCGUAGGGGCGCUAAUCAGCGCUGUCGUUACCGCAACUUCCGUGGUCUUUGAGGCGGGACGUCUACUAUCGAGCAUCAAGCCCUCCGGCAAGGGAUCCCCACGUAAGUCCUCACAGAUGAGAUCUCAUGCGAAGCACAAUGAAAACGAGAUGCUGGCUGCGGCUCUUCAGGAAGAGGCUGCAAUUCUGGACUCCCUGAUAGAUGUUGUGGGUCGGAUCCUUCCCCUGGCAUCAGAGAAUAAAGUCGAACACAAUACAGGUUCGUCGAUCUUGUGUCACUUCUUUCAUCCAGCGACUUACACUUCUCCAGAGCACCAUUUCAACAAUCCUAUGGCUAACUACAACAUCGUCGCUCAGCUCUCAAUCUUGCUGGCUAUCAUCUGCCACGUUGUCGUUGGGAUCAGCACAAACCCUAUGGAUCUCAUCAUUGCCUUUGUUAAUGUCAUUAUCCAAGCAACAAUGUCACUCGGCACGCGGGGAAAGCGGGCUACUCCGGUGCAGGAGUAUGUGCUCAAACAGCUCCCUACGUCCCUUGAAUCUGCACUUCGCAGGUUCAAAAUAGAUCCUGCAACCACCGUAUACGCAACGUGCCCAGUCUGUCAUUACACUCACGCUCCACAUGAGAACCGGCUCACUGGUGAAACCUCGUAUCCAGAGACUUGCCAGGGUUACGUGUAUCCUCGGCGAGGCGCUUGGCAUGUCUGUGGGACGGCAAUCCUCGAAUCGCGCCAUGGAAAACUACGUCCCAUCAAACCAUUCGUCUUCACCUCUUUCAUCGACUACAUUGCCGCCAUGCUCUCCGACCCGGAGAUUGAGCGGAUGUGCGAAAAAGCGUGUGACGAUGCAUUGGCAGCCGUGCGCAAAGCCCUGUCAAAGAACCCAGAGGCGUCCGUGACAGAAGAGCAUGUUAACAAUGUGUUCGAGGCAGCUUUCAUCCGCAGCUUCAAGGGUCCCAUUCCCGACAAGUUGUUCAUUCAGCGUGACGGUCGCCUCCGGCUUGCGUUUCAGGUGAUGCUCGACUUCUUCAAUCCAAAUGGGACCAGAAAACGGGGCAACCACAACUCCAUUGGCAUUCUUGCCGUCGUGAAUCUUAACCUGACGGAGGAUAUACGUUACCGUCCUGAGCACAUGUGGCUCAGCAUCAUCCUUGGUCCCAAUGAGCCUAAUUCUGACCAAAUCGACAACUAUCUCCGCCCUCUCAUGGACCACUUUGUCAUUGGAUGGGAGAAAGGUUAUCGUCUUUCUCGCACGGCGCUGCAUGCCUCGGGACGUAGUAUGGAUCUUGCCUUGGUCAUCAACGUCAACGACUUACCUGCAACACGGAAGGCUCAAGGCAUGGCAGCCGCUAACUCGCAUCACUACUGCUCAAUCUGUGAUUGUUUUGGUGUCAAGACGAUGUACAAUACUGCAUUCAGUUCAUGGACACAGCGAGACAUCAUGGUCCUUCGUGCUCAAGCAUAUGCGUGGCGAGAUGCAACAACGCAAGCUGCUCGCGAUGCCAUCCUUGCAGAGUUUGGAGUCCGUUGGUCCAAGUUUUGGCGCCUUCCAUACUGGGAUCCAACUCGUAUGGCAGUUGUUGAUUCAAUGCAUUGUAUACUGGAAGGACUAGUACAUUACCACUGUCGUCGAGUACUUCGAAUCGACACCAAAUUGGCCAAGCGCAAAGAGACGAUGGGUGCGGCGUGUGAGUACAACUGGCCAGAGUACAACGCUGUAACCAGCCAUCCGCUCUGUCUACUGAAGAACGAGACUCGAGAGCUACCGAUGGUUCACACCAUCCAGCAGAAACUGGUCCAAUCGUUGCUUGCAGACGAAGACGAAGACGAUGAGCAAGAAUCUGAAGAUGGACUCGGAGACGAGGAUGUGGAAAUGCCCAAUGCUCCCAAUCCUCGCUUUGUGCCAGCAAUCACUGAGGAUGAGAUGCACAAGCAACUAAUAAAGGCAAAUCUGCAACCCCUUCGCUGGGUUGUUUCAUCGCUUAGUCUCAAUAUGGACAAGAGGCGGAUUGCAACGAAGAAGACCUGCUGUGAUCAAUUGCUUGCAUGGGUGAUUCUUUUAAUAUUGAGGUAA